AUGAAGCCUUGGAGAUUAUUCUUCGACGGUUCUACUCAUAAAGAAGGUAGUGGAGUUGGAAUUUUACUAAAUUCUCCUGAUGGAAUUCCAACAAAACUCAAGUAUAGAAUCGAAGGUCCCCCUUGCUCAAAUAAUGAAGCAGAAUACGAAGCUCUCAUUGCAGGACUUGAAGCUUUGUUGGAAUUGGGGGCAAUCAAGGUCAAAAUUAAAGGAGAUUCAGAACUGCUCAAAAAAUUCGAAUAUGUUGACAUAAAACAUGUUCCAAGAAUAAAAAAUCAAGAGGCUAAUGAUAUAGCACAAAUAGCUUAUGGAUAUAGAAUUUCAAAGGAGAAGCUAGAGGAACUUGUCGAAGUAAGAGGGAAAGCAAUGGCCACCAAGUUGUCUCAGAUAGACCUAGAAGGCAACCGCUUAGGAUAUGCUAAUGAAGAGGAGUUUGAGGUAUUAUCCAUUGAUACCUUAGUAGAUACAGAUUGGAGGAGUCCAAUUAUUGAUUAUCUUAAAGACCCCUCAUUAAAUACAGAUAGAAAAACCAAGUACAGAGCUUUGUCCUACGUUUUGAUAGGGAAUGAGCUAUUCAAGAAAACUCCUGAAGGCAUUCUUUUGAAAUGUUUAGGAGAAACCGAAACGUACUUAGCCUUAGCUAGUAUUCAUAGUGGGGCAUGUGGCGCACACCAAGCAGGUCAUAAAAUGAAAUGGUUGCUUUUUAGAUAUGGAAUGUAUUGGCCCUCCAUGCUAAAAGACUAUAUAGAAUUCGCUAAAGGCUGCCAAGAAUGUCAAGUACAUGCAGGAAUUCAACAUGCACCCGCAAGCGAACUUCAUGCAAUCAUCAAACCUUGGCCUUUCAGAGGCUGGGCUUUAGGUUUGAUUGGAGAAAUUCGACCUACUUCCUCUAAAGGUCAAAGGUACAUCCCCGUAGGAAUCGAUUAUUUCACCAAGUGGGUCGAAGCAGUACCUUUGGUAAACGUAGACCAGGAAACCGUCAUCGAAUUUAUCCAAAGGCAAAUACUGUAUAUAUUCGGAAUCGCAAAAAGUAUAACAACAGAUCAAGGGUCAGUAUUUACUGGUCGAAAGAUGCAAGAAUUUGCAAAACAAAUGGGAUUCAAGUUAUUAACGUCCACACCCUAUUAUGCUCAGGCCAAUGAGCAGGUCGAAGCAGCAAACAAGGUGAUAAUUGGUUUGAUAAAAAAGCCCGUAGGAACAAAACCAAAUAACUAG